AUGCCCAACAUGGUGGCUUUGACUUCCCCUCACAAUGAUCCCAACCCAGCAAUUCCUGGGUUCAGUCCUGAUCCAUCCAUCUGUGUCAUCAACGGUGUCUUUUUCCUUGUAACAUCCAGCUUCCAUCUCUACCCCGGCCUUCCUGUCUACACAUCUAAAGACUUGAAAUCAUGGAAGCUUCUUGGCCAUGCUAUUCAUCGACAUGACCAGCUUUCACUCAGGCAUUCCGAUACCGAACUGCCCACCUCGACCUCGGCUACCAUUGCAACGGGAGGGUUAUGGGCACCUACGAUUCGACACAAUGAAGGUACCACAUACAUCAUAUGCACCAAUGUUGUAUACAAGCAGGGUCGGACGGACUCGUUGAGAAGAAACUUUAUUAUCCACACGACCGACAUCCUUUCUAACCAAUGGAGCGAUCCCAUUUAUUUCGAUUUUGAUGGCAUUGAUCCGUCACUAUUCUUCGACGACGAUGGCAAGACAUAUGUCCAGGUCUGUGCACACCCGCGAGGAGGCAUUUGGCAGUUCGAGAUCGACAUCAAGACUGCCAAGCCUUUGACGGCACCUAAACUCCUAUGGGAGGGCUGGGACCGCCGGUUCACAGAAGGUCCUCACAUAUACAAGAAGGACGGCUAUUACUAUUUGCUGGUUGCUGAAGGUGGCACAUUUGAAGACCACAUGAUAUCGAUCUCACGUAGCAACAGCAUAAAUGGGCCCUUUGAGCCUUGCCCAAGCAAUCCGCUCUUGACAGCAGCAGGAACCAAUAAAGUUCUUCAUCACACGGGGCAUGGCGACUUUUUCCAAGAUGGUAAUGGUGGCUGGUGGACGGUAUUUCUCGGUGUCCGCCGCAACGGCAGCCGAUUUCCUCUUGGUCGAGAGACGUUUCUUACAAAAGUUGACUGGCCAAAGAACGAAUGGCCUAGUAUACAUGAUCCGGAGGCUUAUAGCUCUGACACUGCCCAAAUCACCUUGAAAGAUUCUUUUGAGAACAAAAGUUUCGUUCACCUCAGGGACGCAGAAAUAUCCAGAUACAGAAUUUCAGAAAGCGGCUUGACAAUUUCCGCCAGCCCAGCAGACCUAUCAAGUCAUAAAGACACGUUGAGUUUCGCAGGGCGCCGCCAGAUAUCCCUUAACGGAACCUCCUCUGUUGCGCUACGGACCUCAUCUGUAAAUGUUGGAGCCGGAUCUCUCAGAGCUGGCAUAUGUGUCUAUAAGGACGAACACAGAUUUGCUGCGCUUGGAUACGACUUUGGCGGGACGCAAGUCUAUUUUGAGGCGCGCAACAAAGCAAGCGAGUACUCUGCAGAAGCGAGUGAUGGUGCUGUGACGGCAGAUCGGAUCUAUCUUUGCGUCUGCUACACUGAGCUUGAAUGGACUUUCCAAUAUCGUACCGUUGAGAGCGAGCCUUGGAUCAAGCUGGGGGUUGUAGAUACUCUUCAGCUCAGCGGCAGGGACUUCACAGGGCCUAUCAUCGGCAUGUAUGCAGUAGGGCAAGGGGACGCCGAAAAUCACCAAGUUUCUUUCGAGGAAUGGGACUCGGAUCCCCGGAACCGCCCGAGGUCCGAUCGAUGGAGUGACCGUCGUAAGAAAUGCGACCGGUCACGGCCAGGUGUAAGUUGCAAUUUCUGCAUUAAGAGGGGCAUUGAGUGUAUUGCAGUGGCAGAUGUUGGUGCUAGUCCAACCUAUAUGCCAAAACAGUCUUAUGAGCCUCUCGCCACCCGUCCGGAUGAGGGCCGACCUCGUCAGAUCUCAUGUCUCAUCGUUCCUGAGGCGGCUCUGUGCGAGGAGCUCGUCGAGCUCUACUUCCGCUAUGCACACAUCGCUUUUCACAACCUUUUCCACCGGCCGACCUUCAUCGCUCGCGUGAAGGAUAGUUCUAUCCCCAAGAUAUUGUUCUUCGGAGUCGCAAGCUUAUCGGCUCGUUACUCAACACACCGCAUCUUUGCUUCUAUCAAGCCGUGGGAUCGGGGCCGGCCGUAUCGGGACGAAACCAAGAGAUUACUGGAGCUUGAGGAUACAUCUCUGACUAGCAUCCAAGCAUGCAUGCUACUCGCAGCCAACGCGUCUGUCGAGGGGGAUCCCAAGACAGAGUCAGUCUACCAUGCGAUCGCGUUCCGCAUGGCCAUGCUCUUGGACCUUCCAAACAUUCCAACAGAGUCCUUGUUAGAGCAAGAAAUCAACAGAAGAGUUUGGUGGUCUCUCAUCACAACCGAGACAUGGACGUCGGCGGCCCAUACACUUCCUCGGCUUCUCAAACCUCGGGACACAGUACCAUUACCUAUGGAUGAGCGUCGAUUCGUCACCCUGGAUUAUGAUGUGCCAGCCGCAUCUAUGGACCAAAACUCCCCAGUAGCGUCUCCUUCGGAUGAUAUAUCCCAAUCGUUAGUUGCACAAAUGAUACGACUGAACAUCCUGCUAUACGACAUCAUCCUUUUAAACGCAAGGGUAGUAGCGGAACACGUUCAAGAUGGCAGCAAGCACGAAAUGACUACUAAGCUGGCUCACGCCCUAGAAGACUGGGCCACUAACCUCUCCUCGAAGCUGCAGUACUCAGAUGAGAAUGUGGCUUACUGGGUCGAGGAAGAGUUUGGUGCCAUGUUCAUCACCCUGCACAUUAACUACAACCACGCUGGCCAGCUCUUGUUCUACCAACAUCUCCACUCUGCACAAGACACAGAACAAGGUCCCUGCAUAGCAAGUGAAGCGCGAAGUUUUGCCAAGAAGUGCAAGGAGCACGCCACAAAUCUGUGUGACCUCAUAUACCGAGCGAAGCAGCGUCCAGAGACAAUCGUCUUAUAUCCGCUCGCUGGGCACAUCCUCUGCUUGGCGUCCACUGUUCAAAUUCACACCUUACUUUUUGGCGUCGACGACAACGAAAUUCAAGCGGCCAAAACACGGCUGGAACGGAAUUUUGAAAUGAUUUCAUCCAUGAACAAUUAUUGGCCCAUGAACCAUAAGUCCAUCGGCCGCCUGCAGCUUUUCCACAACACCUGCCUGCGUAGCAAAGAUGACUCGUUCCGCUUGGAUGUUUGGAUGCUUCGAUUCCUGCUAGGCUUUACCCAAGAUAUUGAGGACAGAGACGCAAGCUGGUCCCACGGACAGGGAUCCGCAAGGGAAUUUGAUCACUUGAGAAAUUUAUUGGAUAUUUAG